AUGGCGUCCUUCACCGUCGACGAAAUAUCCCAAGUUGUAGAACAACACCGUCCCGAUCUCGGCCCGUAUGAAGGCCUGUACAAACAUCUGCACGCCCACCCGGAGCUCUCCCACCAAGAAUACAACACUGCCAAGACCGUCGCGAACAAGCUGCAACAACUGAACAUCCCGGGCCUCCGAAUCCACACAGGAAUUGGCGGCACCGGCGUCGUCGCCGUCCUCAACAACACCAACAAAGCAGCGUCUCCAUCCAGCCAGGUCGGCCCGACUGUCCUCCUCCGCGCGGAAUUAGACGGCCUGCCCGUCCACGAGCAAACCGACCUCCCCUACGCCAGCAAAGAAACAACCCAUGACGCCAAUGACGCAAACAAACCCAAACCCACCAUGCACGCCUGCGGCCACGACCUACACAUGACCUGCCUUCUUGCUGCGACAGACUCCCUAGCCUCCCCCGCGCUCCGCGCCCGCUGGCACGGGACGCUGGUCGUCCUCUUCCAGCCCGCGGAGGAACACGGCAACGGCGCCACCCGCAUGAUCUCCGACGGGCUCUUCUCCCCCACCUCGCCGCACAACAUUCCAAUCCCCGACGUCUUCCUGGGCCAGCACGUCCUGCCCGCCCGCGCGGGCACCAUCGGCAUGAAGCCCGGCGCCCAGAUGGCCGCUUCGGACUGUCUCAAAGUCACCUUCCACGGCCGCGGCGGCCACGCCUCCAUGCCGCACUUCACCAUCGACCCGAUCGUCAUGGCCAGCAGCGCCGUGGUGCGGCUGCAGACCAUCGCCAGCCGAGAGGUGCAAUCGGGCAGCGUCGACGGCCUUGGCGUCGUGUCCGUCGGCAGCCUGCAUGCAGGCAGCGCCGCGAACAUCAUCCCCGCCACGGCGGAGAUGGAGGUGAACGUACGCACGGCGGACGAGGCGACGCGGGCGAAGGUGCUGGCGUCCGUGGAGCGCAUUGUGCGUGCGGAGAGCGAGGCGAGCGGAGCGGAGAAGGAGCCGGAGAUCACGCGGACGUUGAGCUUCCCCGUCACCGUGAACGAUGCGGCGGUGACGGGGAAGCUGGGCGCGACGUUCAAGCGGCUGUUCGAUGAUGAUGGCGCAUCGAAGGAGGCUGGGACCCUGUAUCGUUUCUGGCCCGAUUGGCCGCGGAGCAAUGCGUCGGAGGACUUUGGGUGUCUGGGCGCUUCGGUGGGGAAGCCCAGUUGUUUCUGGUUUUUUGGCGGCGUGGACCCGCAAGCGUGGGAUGCGGCGGAGAAGGAUGGGACGAUUGCAAGGGAUAUUCCUGUGAAUCAUUCGCCGUUCUUUGCGCCGGUUAUGCAACCCACGAUGCGGGUGGGAGUCGACGCGUUGGUUGGAGCGGCGUUGACGUUUCUGCAGAAAAGGGAGUGA